GGUGGGGGUGGUAGGUUACGGGCUGCGCUUACUUGCAAGUGCGUUUACUGCAUCUAAAAUCGUCGCUUUCCUCGCUCCAGCCGGUUCAGAGAGUCAUUGGAAAAGCUGUUCCUUGGAGAAGAACUUCGGGUAAUCAUGCCUCCUCCAGAAACAAUGUUCUGCUCUCAACAAAUAAAUAUCCCACCAGAGCUUCCAGACAUUUUGAAGCAGUUCACAAAAGCUGCUAUAAGGACCCAACCUCAUGAUUUACUUCAGUGGUCAGCUGCAUAUUUUGACAGUUUAUCGAAAGGAGAGCCUUUACCUGUAAAAGACAGGAUUGAAUUACAAGUGGCUACUCAAAAGACUGACACUGGAUUAACUCCUGGACUUCUAAAGGUUCUCAAUAAACAGUUAUCAUCAAACAUGAGCAUCAAAAUUGCUGAUCUAAAACAAAAAUGGACAAAUCUCUGCUUACCUGAAGAACAGCUACAUAGUAUCCUGGGAUUGGAUAACUUUCAGGAUGACAUAGAAUGGCUAAAAUUCCUGUCACUUGGCUGCAGUGCUCUUGGAGGGAGUAUAUCUUCUGCUCUGAAGUAUGCUUGUGAAAUCCUUACCGAAGAUCCAGAAGGUGGUGCUGCACGCAUUUCAUUCGAUACAUUUACUUACAUUUACAAGUAUCUAGCUCAUAUUGAUGGAGAUAUUUCAAACAUGCAAAUAGAGGAUGUGCUCAGUGUUCUUCAGUCAGAAGCGGAAAGACAAAAUGGUAUGAUCCAGCCGAGAAAUUUUCUUACAUCACAGUGUCCUCUACUUUCUUAAAACCUAAAUACCAGCUUUCUUGACAAAGAAGACAAAGUACUUCCAUUCUAAAACUAAGUAACAAAAUUAUACACACUAGAAGGACAAAAUAUCAACUUUUUAUGUGAAGAUUCAGUUUUUUCAAAGUAACAACACUCUCAAACCAAGUCACUUAUCUGAGGUGGUUGUGGUUUGCCUUCACCAAUCCAUUGACAUCAUAUCACAAAGGGGAUUGAAGUUAGAGUUCUGAAAUAUUCAUUUGACAUGAAUGCCCAAUAGAUACAUUUUCUGUUUGGCAGAACACAAAAAUAGCCUACUAUAUAUUCUAAAGAUUCUGUUAGAUAAGGUACUAUUUAUUUACAUGUAUAUGUUCUUUUAACCUUAAAACUGUUACGUUAACAUGCAUUUGGAAUGUAAAUGCUUUUCUAUAGACUAUAUCCAGCUAUCAUAUUUCCUUCAAGCUUUCAAAAUUUUCAGAUCAUCUUUAUUUUUUAGAACCUAUAGAUUUGUUUUCCAUAUACCGUAUAUAUUUGAGUAUAAGCCGAUCCGAAUAUAAGCCGAGGUACCUAAUUUUACCUAAGAAAACUUUAAAAACUUAUUGACUCGAGUAUAAGCCUAGGGUGGGAAAUGCAGCAGCUACUGCUAAGUUUUAAUAUCAAAAUAAAUACCAAUAAAAUUACAUUAAUUGAGGCAUCAGUGGGGUAUAUGUUUUUCAAUAUUUAUUUCAAAGAAAAACAGUAAACUAGCUCUGUAAGCGGAGAAGAGGGUCAACAAAAACAAUAAGAGUACUACCCCACGCUCAUUGCACAUUGGCAAACUGGCAGCAGACCCAGUCCCGGAGGGAUGUAAGGGGAAAUAAGUAUUGCUAGUGGGAGCCUAGGCCAGGGCACUGGAGGGUCUGGUUGCAGGUGGCCUAAUUUGCACACAAAGGAGAGAGGGUGCUAGUCUAGAGGGACCCAUGACACCCGACUCGAGUAUAAGCCGAGGGUGACUUUUUUCAGCACAUUUUGGGUGCUGAAAAACUAGGCUUAUACUCGAGUAUAUACAGUAAAACACUUUUAAAUAUUUUUUUCAAAAUGCUCUUUAAUAUUUACACAUCUUUUAUAACAAAAUGUAUGUCAUCAUGUCUCUUUUUUACUGUUGCAUUUUUUUUCUUGAUAAAGGAAAAAUGUAUAUAAAAAGAUUAUAUUGGAAUUAUAUUAUUUUAAACAAUGUAUGAGGGAAGAGCUUAUUGUUUGUACAAAAUCCAGCUUUCUUAUUAUGUAUGAAUUUGUAUAUGUAGUAAGAGCUGACUCCUCCUUAAAACCUGGUAGAAUGUAAACAUCUGUUGAUAAUAUUUUGGUGUGCUUUUUGGUGUAGUUCCUGUAACUACCUCAUCCCAAGCAAACAACAAGCCAUUACAAAUUAAUAAGGAAAGAAUGUAUGUACUUAUCUGCUCAAGGGUGCUUGCUUGCAAUGGAGUUUUGGCGCUACUGGGGAAAUAGGCAUCUUCUGAAAAUAUCUUGUAGACAAUACUGUGUUGCACUCAACAGGACUUGACACUGCUAAGGAAGAGUUUUAUCACCUCCGAUUUCUGUUGACUACAGUACAAAGGUAUUUUCAGAAGAUUUCUUGGUGAUAAAUCUCCCUGACUGCUGUUACCGUAAGGCAGGGAUCCCCAACCUUUUUGACCUGUAAGCCACAUUUAAAUGUAAAAAGACUUGGGGAGCAACACAAGCAUUUUAAAAGUUCCUCGGGAUGCCAAAUAAGGGUUGUGAUUGGCUAUUUGGUAGCUCCUUUGUUGACUGGCAGCCUAUAGAAGGCUCUGUUUAGCAAAACACCUGGUUUUUAUACAAACAAAAAGUGAUACCAAGCCCAGAAUUAAAAAACAAGCACCUCUUUAAGGCCACUGAGAGCAACAUCCAAAUGGUUGGGGAGCAACAUGUUUCUCAUAAGCCACUGCGUGGGGAUCACUACCCUAAAGGGUACCCCCUGACUCUCUGUGUUAAACCAAUAGCUGAUUUAUGCAUGCUGGCCACACAUAAAAGUUCAGGGGCCACCAAACAGCUCUGUAACUGCAGAAUUAUGUAGCUGGGUUGGUUGGCACCCAACUUCUUUUGCUGUAUAACAUCCAUUGUUUGUCUCCCUGGCUGUGGUAGCCAAUAACUUGGCAUCUACUGCUCAUUCUCCUCCAUGGCAGACACUGUCAGUAAGACACCAGUCAUGAUGUAACCAAAGAUGCUGGCCUCCAACUCUGCUGUGCAGAUGUGUAGUCAGGAGGUGGUUGGAGAAGAGCGGGGAGCAGGAGGACCUGUUUGGCAGGUUCUACUGGUUUAAAACUUUGUGUAGUAGUUUAGCUAUCCUUCAAGCGCAAAUAAAUAUCUUUGCAUAUAAAUAAAAGUACUUAAAUGGUUUGAUAAAAACAUUGUUUCUGUCAAGAUAUAUGAUAUAUGUCAAGAUAAAUACAAAAUUUUGUAUUUAGAAGUGAGGAGGGUCCUGAACAAAAGAAUUUACAACUAUGAAAAUAUAUUCGAGUACCUAUGUGAAAGUAAUGUACAGUACAUUGUCCAAUCUAGCUCAUCUGCUCCACUUUGGUUUAUUAGUUCUAAUGUCAAAAUAUCUUAAAUAAAAUGUUUUCUUGAUAUACUG